AUAUCCCCUCCUCCUUCACAAGCACAUAAAACUCAUCAGGAAUAUCUAUCACUAGUUCUAAGUUCUAACAAGCUAGAAAACCAGCCUCCAAUUUUCUUUGAGAAUACUACUAGUGCUUGUGUUUUCUAAUGGCUACUUCAAUUUCUGUAACUGGGUUUAAGGGAGGUUUGUGUUCCUCCUUACAUGGUAGCUGGGGAACAACUAUGGUUGGUGAAGAUUACGCCAUGCUAGCCAAAUCAGUGCCAAACCAUGUUAGAGUUGGAAAGCCCACAAGAGCACAACCUAUGAUGAGGAACGUCAAUGAAGGCAAAGGUCUCUUUGCUCCAAUUGUAGUUGUUACUCGUAACUUAAUUGGCAAGAAGCGUUUCAAUCAGUUUAGAGGAAAGGCAAUUGCUUUACACUCGCAGGUUAUAACUGAAUUCUGCAAGUCAAUAGGAGCAGAUGCAAAGCAAAGACAAGGUUUGAUCCGACUGGCCAAGAAGAAUGGAGAAAGACUAGGAUUCCUUGCAUAAUGGAAAAUUGGAUAUAAUUUAUUCUGUCAUGAGAAAUGUUUAAGUUCAUACUUCCUUAGAUUGGCAUGUAAACUAGAUUCACUGUCUCAAUAUAUAUGCACUUCUCACUUAUUCAAAUAGUUGUAAUAUUUCUUCAAUUAAUGGUUAGAAUAAAAUUUCAUAAGGAUUGCCUCUCA